CACAUCCGCGGGGCCCCGUGCCCCUAACCCUAGCGGACGCAAUGCAGUAUAAGUGCAUCGAUUCUACAGGCUCAACACGCGGCUGUAUCUUUGGAAAACGGGCACCGAAAGGCCUCUCUGCGCCUCGGCCGCCAUUUUGUCUCCGUCGCCUCCGUCCUCGGCGCCUCAGUCCCGAGGCCACUGCGCAUGUGCGGCGGGAGGAGCGCCGCCGCUGGGCCUGGUCUUGGCGGCGGCCAUUUUGUCGGAGUGUCGCUGGCGGAGGCCCUGAUUCAGGGGGAGCGAGGAGAGAGUCACUUCUUCUUCCCUCACAAAACCCGGGCUCCUUGGUCCCGCGCGGGGGCUCAGUAAGACCCGGCCGGGGGCGAAGGAGGAGGACGGAGGCGUCUCGGGGCUGAGCCAGGGCCCGGCGGCCUCCCUCCCUCCCUCCCCGGGGCCUCCUGGGCCGCCAUCAUCAUGCGCCACAGCCUGGCCCAGCUCCUGGCCUCUCCGCCCGGCAACGGCAGCCCGGAGAGCGCCGGGAGCCCCGAGGAGGCCGAGCCCAGGCACGAGGCGGCCUUCUUUCACUUCGGCGGCGCCGAGGAGGAGGGCCUCCUUUCCGCGUCGGAGCUGGAGCUGGACUGGCUGGAGGCCUUGGCGGGCGGAGGAGGGCCCGCUCUCCCGGCCCCGGAGGCCUCGCCCAGGAGGCCGAGCAGCCACCGCCUGAAGGCCGCCGCCGCCGCCCGCCUCAACCGCCAGAAGAAGAAGCAGUACGUCUCGGGGCUGGAGGCGCGGCUGCAGAGCCUGGCCUCCGAGAACCGGCGCCUGAAGGAGCGCAACCGAGGCCUCUGCCGCCGCCUGCGGGGCCUGGAGCGGGAGACCGGGUACCUGAGGGCCGUGCUGGCCAACCAGAGCGCCGUGGGGAGGCUGCUGGGGCGCCUGGCCGGGGGAGCGGGGCUGAGGGUCCGCAGCAGCCUCUUGGAGGACGGAGAGAGGCGGCUUCCCUGGGGGAGCAGCGACCACGACUACGCCUUGCCUGUCCCCGUCGAGGAAGAGAUGGAGGACGGAGAGGACGAGGAGGAGGAGGAGGAGGAGAUGGAGGACACAAGAGGGCCGGCUGCGCCGUCUCUUUCUUCUUCCAGUGGGAUCUGCCUCCAUGUGGACCAGGACCAGGUCUCUGUGGAGUUCUGCGCCAUUUGCGCCAGGAGGGCGGCCAGCUUCUCCUUUGCAGAGGCCUCCGAUGCUGCUGCUGCUGCUGCUGCUUCUUCCUCCAAAAUUUUCUCUUUUAGGUGCUUGCCCUGCCAGGCUCCGUUGUGUAGGGGUUAAAAGAAAAGUCGUUUUCCACCUCGCAACCUGUGGAUACAGCUGUCUUGGGGCAGAAGAGACGGGACCAGCUGCUGCCACACUUCCUGCUUUGUUUUAAAAGGUAGUAUGAGAAAAAGGGGGGAAAGGUAACAGGGCAUUUGCUGGAUUUACUUUAAAUCCACGCCAGAGUAAUGUGAAUGACUGAGUAACUAAUCCAGCCUAUCAAGAACAUUAGUACAGUACUAUUGUGAAGAGUAACAUGGUAAAAAGCAUACAUUUUCUCACUUAUCAGUUUGCUGUAUAUUCAUAUUGCCAUCUGAUGGGCUAAAUCCUUCUUUCACUAAGCAUAGUGAAGACCACCAGCUUUAUCUUAGUGGUGAAUUUUGUGAGUUAAAUCUAGGUUCUGCUAAUUGAUAUGAAUGUGAGCAUUGAUAAUUUGCUGUGGUAUAUUUGCCCUCAAUACAAGAUGAAUCACACCUUUUCUAAAGGUCGGAACCAGAGAGUAAUCCUUUUGCUGGUUAGUAUCUAGAGCAUCAUAAUCUGUUCACUGUUAAUAGAAUCCCUUUUAAGAAGGUCCUUUUAAGAUAGAUACCUGUGUCAAUGGUUGGCAGACUGAACAUAAGUGUCACUUAUGGAAACUAUGUCAGGGAGGUUUUUUGUAGUUUUGUUCAGUAUUCUGCACAUUAUUUUUUGGAUGGGAGCAGUUUAUCAUCCUUGUUCCCUAAUGAUUGUGACUUUUUAUAUUUUAAUUUCUUAGUAUUAUU